AACUGGUCACACACAAACCGGCACCGAUUCCCACAAAAACAAAAAUUUACCGCGUUUUUAUUUAUAUUAUAUCUUGUUUUGCUACGUUAAAUAGAAAAAGAGCCAAAAAUGGAUGGCAUGACCGAGGACAUGUGGACGCCAUACAAGCAUCUUUAUGGCACGAUGCAGCAGGCGAUUUCCCAGCCAAAGGAUCUCAUUGGCGAACUGGAGCAGUGCCUCAAGAAGUACAAACAGAACUUUUCCAAUUUUCUACGCAAUCCGCCAAAGAAUGAGAAAAGCCGCAAUCAGCUAAGGGCGGGCAUCAACGAAGGCAUACCGCUGGGCGCCCAGGGUCACAAGCUGGUACUCUCCCAGGACCUGAUCGAUGAGGCCAUCAUAUUGUCGGAUAUGUUCGAUCUGGAUGAGCUGUUUGCCGUGGAGCUGCUGUAUACCGCCCAGCGUCAGCAGAUGCAUCAUCCGGGACUGUCGCGUGGCCUGGUUGCCGUUUUGCUGUACUAUGAUGGCCGCAAGGCCAUGGCCUGUGCCCUGCGCGAUAUGAUGCAGACGAUCAGCGGCGUAUCCUGGGUGACAGAGCUGCCCAGAGAGUUCCUCGCGUUGGUUAAUAAUUAUGUGCAGAAUCUGACGGAGGAAUCGAAUUUGUUGGGUCGCCUGCUCGAUAUACUCGCCGAAAUGGAUGUGGUCAAGGAGAACCUUAUGCUGACCAAAAAUCGCGCCUUUGGCUCCACAAAGCAUCAGAAUCAAGUGCUGGCCUUAUACGAGGACAUUCGCAAGGCUGUGGCCAUGAGUCUCUUCAAUUAUGCCGCCCAACGUGGCCUGCCCCGUGCCAAGGCCAUACGCCUAAUGAAAAUGCUGGCCGACUGCAAAUGCAACGAAAAUGCUGGCGGUAAUAUCGAUGAUGUGACGGUCAUUAUGCUAAUGGCAUUGCUCUACUCCUAUGAUACGUCCGUGCUGCUGGGCACCGAUGUGGUCAAUCCGUAUACGUCACGGCUGCCCAUUAUGUGGGAUCCGGAGUUUGCCAAGGGCUUCUAUGAGGCUUUGUAUGCCCAAGGCAAGUGGCAGACACCGCGCCUGGAUGCCAUCAUCAAGUAUAGCUUUGCCCUGGCCCUGGCCAGCCUGCGGCAUGCACCCAGCCAGCUGCAGGCGCCCGCCAGUGCGCUUAUACCACGCGAUGAGCAGCUAAUGGAUGAGGCACUCGCCUCCAAUGUGUUUGGCUUCAUCUAUCGCCAGUUGCUGGAGAAUGAAAUGAUUUACAACACGGAGUUCAUUUAUCGACGGGCGCAUCUAUUGAUCACCGAUUUCAUUGACUUUAUGCACGCGAAAGUGGCUGAGCUACGCAACCGGGCGGAUGAGUCGGCACGCACGGUGAUUAGUUUCCUGAAUGAAGGCCUCGAACCGCCACCAAAUUUGGAUGCAAACUUUGAGCUGCUGAUGCUGUGCGUGGCCCGUCUCUAUGGCGAUCGGCGGGCCAGCUACAGUCUGUGCAAUGAAUAUUGGUGUGCCAGCGAUACGGGCACAACGCCUGACCGCAGCAGCAACGACAAUGCCGGCCUCUUUGCCCUGUCCAAUAGCUCGCGGGCCGUGUCCCUAUUCAAGUUCAUUUCAUUGGCCAGCGAACUGCUGCCACAGACGCUGUUCAAAUCGUAUCUGAAGAUGAUCACGGGCCUCACACGCACCAAGCUCGCGGCACGCAGUGCCUUCAAUCUGCUCAAGAAUUCACCAUCGAGUGCCUCGAGCUAUUCGAUGGGCUGGGAUCAUUUCUUUCAGGCAUUGGCCAGCUAUUACAGCAACAUGCGAACAGAUGCCUCCAGCAUUUUAGUCUCCAGCAAUGCCCCGAGCUGCGAACAUUUUAUGCGCCGUGCCCUGCAGCCCCGGAACAUAACGCAACGCGAAACGGAGCAUCUGGUCGCUGUGAUGGGGAUUAUGCGUGCGGUGGCCGAACACGAUCGCGUGUCCCGUGUGAUGAUGUGCGAUCAAUCCAGCUGGCAGGCGCCACAGGUACUCCUGGGACUAGUGGCCUGUGCCGCACCGUUGGUGCUCAAGGCCGAGAUUAUGUUUACCCUGGCAGCGCUGGCCAAAUCAAAGGACACGGCGCGUGCCAUUUGGUUCCUGCUGGAGGAGUCACAGAUUAUACCCACACUGGGUAUAGCGACGACGGCGGCGGCGGCCGGCCAGAACCAGUGCAGCCUGUCGGAGGAGAUUGAGCAGAACGAGAGCCGCCUGGAGUCGUACAAUCUGAGUCGCGGUGUGCUCCAGCUGCUCCACACACUGAUGACCACCCAUAUGCCGCGCAGCUUGGGCGCUGGCGCACGCCAGCCGGGCUAUGAUCCGUAUCUGAAUUUCCUGAUGAACGGUAUACUCCUCAAGUUCUACAAUCGUUCGUACAAGGAUGCCAGCGAAAUGUGGGAGGUGGGCGCCAAGGGAUUGAAACUUUUGUUCUAUCUGCUGGCCACAUACCGACCGAAGGCGACCGAUUUUAUGGAAUUGCGUGACGAGCAUCCGUAUCCGGGCUAUCAUGUGAUGCUGCAGCUGCAAGUGAAAUCGGAUCUGGUGCGGCUGCUGUUGCGCAUCAUUGAGGAUGCGCGCGAACGGCUGGACGAGUACAGGCGCUUUCGGGGCAAGGAACAGCUGGAGGAAUGCGCCCUGUAUGCCCUCCUGCUGCUCGAGGUGGCGGUGGCCAAACAGAAUGCCUUCUUCGAGGCCCAUUCAUCGGCAAAUAGUCCCAUUUUGCUAUCGGGACUGAAUCGUAUGCUAUUGGACUUUAAUCCGCGCACCCGACGGCCCGAUUAUGUGCUAAAAAUCAUCAAAUUUGUCACCUACAACAACUGGCUGCCCCGCCACUCGCUGGCGGCCAUCAAGAUACUGAGUGCGGUGACCAUGCUGCCAAAUGUCGCCUCACAAAUCCUCAAUAUGUACGCCCUGGGCAGCCACGAGCGGCUCGAAGUGCGUCAGGGAUUUGUCGAGUGCCUGGAAAUGGAUGCCCGUUUGGCCCAACAGAACGAGGAGCUGCUCGAUGCGAUUGUACUCAAUGAUUAUCAGGCCAUGGGCGAUGUACUCAAUCAUGGCGGACAACAGCCACCGAGUGUGAGCGUCGAGGACAAUGAAUCGGAGGCGGAGGCCACGCUCGAUGAUGGUGGCGACAUGACACUGGGCCCCUGCUACGAGGUGGUGGCCCUCAACGACAAAAUACCCGUCAGCAUUGAUCUGCAGAUCAAGGAGGCUGUGGUACAGCUAUUUGGCCUCAAUAUUUGUCAGGCGCCGCCAAAUUUUGUUUACUUCCUGUUGGGCAUCGAUGUCCUGCGGGAUUUUAUGGCCAGGGAUAAGCAACAGAUUGGCAUCGAAGUGCAGUGCUGUUGUGUGCAUUCGUUGGUUUUGGUCCUAGAGAAAUAUCUAGAGAGUCAACGGCAUAGCCAGGAGGAAUACUGCCCACAUACGGCCCAUCUGGUGGAGAGCAUCUAUCAGUUGUUCCAUGGCCUGUGCGCCAAUCGACGCACCUCGGAAACCAUUCUACGCUUCUUUCGCUUGACCUGCAAUGACUUUCUGCUGCGACAUCUCAGCGCCAUGCCAUUUCGACGGCAUCGCGAGGAUCAUAUGAUGCAUGCCAUGAGCCAUUUGCUCAACUGUGUGGCCGUUGAGGUGCGCCUGGCGGCCAAUCAUGGCCAAACGACGCGCUAUAAUCUGUUGUGCGACAUACUGCUGCUGGGCGGCCAGUCGGAGGGGCAGCGUACGAAUCCUGGCAUGCCGCAGGACCUCACCAACAGCAUACUGAGUGGCACAGCCUCCGCAAGCUUUUAUGGCAUGGAUGUGGGCACCGCUACGGCGGCGAUUAAGAUGCCCGUCAUGCCCGAUAAGACCCAAGGAUUGCAUGCGAAUCGUUUGCUCGAAUGUCUAGUGCUGGAGGAGGCUACAGCAACCCAACAGCCGCAGUUGCAGUUCUUUGAUACGGCGCUGAUGACAACGCUGCUCAAGGAAUGCGAAUCCCGCCCCAGACCGAGUCCAGGCAGUGCCAAUGCCGCUGGAACUGGCUCACACAUGAUGAUAAAUAUCCGCAAACUUCAUGACAUUCUGCACGAUGAAUUGCGCACGGUGCAGAGCACCAUUGCCACCGGACAGCGCAAGGCGAUCAGCGGAGAGAUCACCCUGCUGCUGCAGUAUGCCGUCGAGGUGAACCGUGUGCGGACACAGCGCAUGGCCACGCUCAAGUUUGUGGAUGCGUGGUGCCAGCUGGUGCAGAUACUGUUCAGCAGCAUGCCCGAGGCACUGAUGCCGCCGGCAUUGAGGCGUCAGUACAUCAUUGAUAUUAUCGAGAAGAUGCUGCUCAAGGUGGAGCCCGUGCAGCCGCUCAUCGAGAUCUCCAUACAGAUCACCGAAACGAUUCUGCUGCUGUUGGCCAACCUGCGCAUCUGCUAUUACCAGUUGGAGGAUCAGCGUCAAAGCGACGACACCGAUGCGACCAUCAUACAAAAUGUUGGCCCUGCUGCUGCCGCUACCCCAGGUGCCACAGGGGCACUCAACAGCAGCAACAGCAACAACAACAAUGCCAGCGAUACGCUUUCACAGUGGAGAAUCAGUGGCUUGCUGACGGGCAGCACGAGCAAUCUACGCUUCAUCCUGAAACGCAUUGUCGAGUGGAUAAUGGUGAGCGGUGUCAAGUCACAGAAGCUGCGCAUCAAUCUCUAUACGGCGCUGCUCAAUUGCCUGCGGAUCGUGAAGCGUCUGCGCACCGACGAGGAGGUGGACUUUCAUGAAAGCGUUGCCACACGCCUGGAGAGCACCACACAGACGGCAUUUGAUCAGCGGCACGAGAAUAGGGAUCGGCUCAAGGAGAUGGCCUCGGAGGUGAUUGGGGUGUACGGCGAGAAGCUGAUCGAUUCGAUCUGCCACGAUGCGGUGACCGGACACGAUGUAUGCCGCAUGCUGGCGCUGGCCUGCCUGGAGAUGAUCUCCGAACUGGAUGCGGUGAGCACGCUCACCGAAUUUGUGGUGUCGCGCGGCUACCUGAAGCAUCUUUUGGACAGCGUGGCCGAUUCGGAUGAGGCGCUGAGCGCCAUACUGCAGCCGGUGCCGGAGCACCUGCGUCCGUUGUACGUGUACGAGGCACGAUUGGCCUUCUUCACGCGUCUGUCGCAGACACAGCCGGGCGCCCGCAUGAUGCUCGCCGAGGGAACACUGGGCGUCCUGUCCAAUAUGCGGGUGUUCGACCUGCAGCCGGACCUGAAGGCCAACCAGUUGCGAACGCAGCCGGACGGCUUUCUGCCGGACACUUUCGAGCGUUUCCAUGCCAUACUGCAGCCGGCGCUGGUCCUUUGCGAUGGCAUUGUCAGCUCCCUGGGCUCGCAGAACAAUUCGGCGGCCCUGCAAGUGCUCAACUUUCUGUUUGCCCACAUCGAAAUGGUGGAGACGAUGUUGCGCACGGCCACGCCACUGAUGGAUCUGGGGCACCUGCAGCAGCUGGCAUCGAUCACAAAUCUCUUUUCACGCACCACCACGCCCGAACUGUGCACCGAUAUGGACAAUUGCCAGGACGUGGAGCGCGAUCUGGAGUUGUAUAAUCGACUGAAUCGCCUGCAGCAGCUGAUGAUCGUUGUCUUUAGUCGUUUCACGGUGACCGAGGCCACCAUCCGGCAGAUACUGAAGCAGCCGCAUGUGGAGUCACUGCCCGAGAGCCAGAAGAGUCGUCAUAUCAAGUAUUUUUUGGACAUUGCCGCCAAUCUGUCGCUCUACUGCCGCCAUGCCGUGACCAGCCAUGUACGGGACAGCACCACCUCCAAGUUUCUCCUCACGACCAUUGUCAAUGAUGUGACACCACUCACUGGCAAGACAGAUGGCAAGAAGCUGACGGCCAUUAUCCACACAAUCAUCGAUCAGCUAAAGGGCUCCGUGGGCUACUAUCUUUCGCAGAAGUCCCAUGCCGACAAUCUGCUGCAGCAGCGCUCCUCGCUGCCAAACAUUUGCUUCGGUCCCAGCGGUAAAGAAAGCUACGUGGAGCUGAGCCAGCGGCACAGCGAGAAGCGCAACGAACUGAUGCAGGCCGUUUUUAUAGCCGAACAGAAUCUGUAUUUGCUGUGGAUCCAUUUGGACUUUUAUAUGCGCAAUGCGGUGAUCUUUGCCAGCGAGAAUCGCAGUGCCAUCAACGAGAGCAAUCUGGACAGUUUCAGCGGCAACGUAUCCGUGCUGCAUGCCACACCAGAUGAGAUACUGCAACUGAAGCAGCAUCUCAUCUCCACAUUUAACGAGACCUUCUGCUCGGAGCUGAUCGCCGCCAGUGAAGAGCAUACGGUUAAGUGCAAGGGCUUCAAUGGUUCACUGUUGCGUCGCAUCAAAGCUUUGGUGCAGUUUGCUGCCUCCAAUGGAAAUUCCAAUGAUAAGUCCUUCAUGUAGUCUGGUAUUUCCUUUAUCCAUUUACCCCGCAUACCACCCCCCCAAAAUUGUUAUUUCCGAAAGUAGUUAAGUAAUCGGAUUCAAUAAAGUUAAAAACAAAA